AUGAAGUCUCAGUGGAACCAUGAAGGCCAUAGUGAAGAUGGAAUAUUAUCCUAUGAGUAUGUUGAGGCAGCUAAGCACCAAGGGGACGAAAUCGUGCCGUUGGUCUCUCAGUCAGUGUGGCAUACGUUCGUUAGGCCCGGAGACACAUCCGAGGUGAUGAGGCACAAAUCAGCAAAUGACCUGAUAUCCCCAAAGCUCGCAUUACUUCCACCAUCCAACGCAUUCGCGGACCGACCCCAACACAGCCACGAUCAAAGCCUGACAUUGGGGCUCGUUCUGUCAUUCCUGGCGUCCUUCGUGAAAGGGUUCAGGCACGGCGUGCUACCGCCGUUCAUACACUGGACACAGGAGCUACACAGUAUUCGUAUCGAAAGUUCCUCGCUGUCCAGGUGCCGAACGCUUGUCCGGCGCUUCUUUGACACCAUUCCCGAACACCGCCGCCACGUCCUUACGCUGAUCCAACAAGAAGCCGAGCGCAUUUGGUUCCAACACCAAGACUUCGACAGCUGGGAACUCCUGAGCUCCACCCAAGCCAUGCUUCUGUACGCGUUACUCCGCGCCACCGAAGCUGAUUCAUCGCUCUCUGACUUCGACCUGCCGUUCCUCAUCUGCAUCAACCAUGUCAGCCAAGCCAUGGCGAAGUUGGCAGGCACGCAAGAAGUCAUGCAGCAGCCCGGCAGUGACCCCUCUGACUUCGAGGCCUGGGUAUUCUACGAGGCGCGCAAGCGCACAGUCGUGGUAUUUCGACUUCUGAACAUGGUUGUAGAUAUCUCGGAUGCAGUGUCAUGCUUUCCAAUGCGGGGAUUCGUGAUUGUGCCGUUGCCUGGAGGGGAUGGGCUGUGGAAGGCACGGCACAGUGGAGAGUGGUCUGCGACUUUCGCUAGGCAGGGGAAGCCACCAUCGGUCUUCGGAAUGGCUGAUGAUGGUGGACUGGUGAAGUUGCAGAAGCAAGGCGAUGGAGUGGUCAGGAGCAAAGUCGAGUGGUCUAAGUGGUUACCGGAUCAAGGCAAGCUGGGAUUCUUGAUCGCGACUGCUGCCACGCUACUUACCUGA